AUGAACUUCACCAAGAAAUUCGACCGCGCCUUCCAAUGGGCCGGCGAAAAGAUGGGAUCCGAGUCCAAGACGGGACAGACGGACGAAUUCAAAAACUUGGAAAUGGAGAUGCAAUUGCGAUAUGACGGAAUGGAGAGACUCCAAAAGUCAACAAACACCUACGUCAAAUGGGUUGCCCGUCGUGGCGAGGCCUUCGAUGACAAGGAGAAAGGCCUUCCUAUUGCCUUUGUUGGUCGCAUGAUGAUUUCUCAUGGCGAGGAAUUCGAGCCCGACUCCGAAUUUGGCGCCUGUCUGCUCUCUCUUGGUCGAACCAACGAACGCCUCGCCGGUAUUCAGGAAAGCUACGCCUCAGAAGUCACCGAUAACUGGCUUGUCUCGGUCGAAAGAUCUUUGGCUAUGAUGAAAGAGUAUCAGGCCGCACGGAAGAAGCUCGAGUCGCGCCGAUUGGCCUACGAUGCAGCUAUCAGCAAAAUGCAAAAAACGAAGCGCGAGGAUUUCCGUCUCGAGGAAGAGCUCCGUACUGCCCGCGCAAAGUACGAAGAAGCUGGCGAAGACGUCAUGCGACGCAUGUCCGACAUCAAGGACGCAGAGACCGACAACGUUCGGGACCUGACUGGUCUGCUAGACGCCGAAUUAAACUACCACGAACGCUGCGCAGAAGAGCUUCGCCGACUGCGCCAGAACUGGGCGGGCGGUAAUGCGCCUCCGUCGCCAACUGAUCGUCGCUAUGCAAACGGUCGCGGGCGGUCCAACACGGCCCGUUCGUUCAACGACAACCCGGGCCGCAACAAUCAGGUCGAGGAGGAACCGGAACCAAUGCCUGUUCGCAUGCCCAUCCGCUCCCAACGAUCCGAGGUCAAGUUUGGCGCGUCGGCCGACACAACCCCAAGGCCGUCUAUCAGUAGGUCUCAGACGUUCCAGGGGCCAGCUGCGACCGACCGACGAUCUAUGGCUGCUACUCCGCCAGUGCCUGCUGUUUCUCACAUUGGAUCUCUGCGUGGAAAUUUGAGACCUACCGGCAGACCAAUGGCUAGCGAUGUGUUUGCCGACGAUGACCACACAGUAAGUGGCAGCGGCAGUCCGGAAUGGAACGACCGAAGUGCAAGCCCGGCUACUAGCAUGGGAAGCAGCUUGACCCGAAGCACGAGCAACCUUCAAGCCAAGAAAGCACCUCCGCCCCCUCCCCCGAGCCGAGCCAAGAAGCCGGCGCCCCCAGUUCCCGCCAAGCGGGAGGUUGGGUACUAG